AUGCCUGUGCGAUCCAAGCGUCCUUGGUCCGAAAUGCUGCUCAAUUCGACUUGGGACUCCUCGGAACCCACACAUGAAGCACAUCCACCAGAGAGCCCUACAGAACUGCCAGCUCGACAUAUGCACGACUCGUAUUCACAAAUUGAUCUCCCAUUCGCUUCAUCUCCUCAACUCCUUGAACAAUACGUGAAUGCUUGGGGAGGCAUUCGCACCGGCAAGCUUAUGGAGCAUCUUGAUUCACUCGCUGGAUCUAUCGCAUACAAGCACAUGCUUGGACCCACAGCUCAAACUGUGGGAAAGGUCAAGGAGCGUGGCUUCUACAUCGUGACCGCAGCUGUUGAUAGAUUGGAUAUGCUUGCCAAUCUCUAUCCAGUACGUGAUCUCCGCCUGAGCGGACACGUCAUAUACACAGGUCGCAGUUCCAUGGAAAUUGCGGUAAAGAUGGAUGCGAUAGAAGAAGGUGGGAAAGAAAGCCUCGUUAUGCUUGGUCGGUUUUCUAUGGUCUGCCGAGAUGCUGUAACGCACAAGGCUCGUCCAGUAAAUCCAGUCGUUGCCUCUACUCCAGAAGAAAAAGCUUUAUUGGCUAUCGGAGAAGCCCAUAAGAGCCGAAAGACAUUCCUCUCGCAGCGCUCACUUUCACGUGUUCCACCAUCGUUCGAAGAGGCACAAGCGUUACAUAACCUCUAUCUCAGCAGUUUGCAACAAGGCGACAACUCAAAUUCUAGGAUAGUUGAGAAGGUACCAAUGGAGGAAACGAAGUUAGAGAAAACCCUCCUGAUGUUUCCGCAAGAACGCAAUGUUCAUCAGAAAGUAUUUGGAGGUUACCUGAUGCGACUGGCAUACGAGCUUGGGUUCACGACUGCCUCCCUAUUUGCACGAAAGCGUCACCUUCGUUUUCUUUCACUCGACGGAAUUUGGUUCGAACGCCCCGUAUCAAUAGGAUCAAUCCUCCGUCUCACCGCUCAGGUAACGCAUACAAGCACUGAGGAAUUUCCCGCAGUAGUGCACGUAUUCGUAAAAGCGGACGUCAUCGAUGUGAAGACCGGUACCGAACAGCAUACGAAUGACUUCAAGUUUACGUGGGGUGAGCCUGAUCCGAAUAGCGAGCCGCUACAUCGGAUGGUUGUUCCGCAGACUUACGCAGAAUCGAUGGCUUGGAUUGAAGGACGUCGAGCAGUGGAAUAUGGAGCACAGAUCCGUGGAUUGAGGAGCGCAUGGUGA